GGAUAUCAGAGAGAGAGAGAGAAUAACAGAGUUGGAAGGGACCUUGGAGGUCAUCUAGUCAAACCCCCUGCUCAGGCAGGAGACUCUACACCACUUCAGACAAAUGGUCAUCCAACAUCUUCUUAAAAAUCUCCAGUGUUGGAGCAUUUACAACUUCUGGAGGCAUGCAAGAAUACGAAACUAUGGGCGUGAAUUGGAAUCAUACAGACUGGAGGCUGUGUCUGUGGAAUUUGGUGAUUUCCAUCCACUCAAACCCAUUAUGGUUACUGAAUCGAAGACAAAAAAAUUGGGUCGUAAAGGAAGCACAUCCUCUACAUCAUCUUCAUCCUCUAGUUCAAUGCUGGAUCCACUCAGCAGCGUUCUGGAUGGCACAGAUCCUUUAUCCUUGUUCGCAGCUACUGCCGAUCCAUUGCUGAGCAUGACAACGGAUAAUGCCAGGAAGAAGCGUGAUAAAGAUGAGAGUUUGUCUGUGGGAAACGACUUUGAACCUUGGUCAAGCAAACGUGGUGAAAUCUUGGCACGCUACACAACAAAUGAGAAACUGUCCAUAAAUUUAUACAUGGGAUCUGAAAAAGGAAAAGCCUCAACUCCUGGAUCUGUUUCAGAGAAAGUGCGAACCAGAUUAGAAGAAUUGGAUGAUCUCGAAGAGGGUUCCCAAAAAGAAUUGCUAAACUUAACCCAGCAAGACUACACUAACCGGAUUGAAGAACUCAACCAAUCCUUGAAGGAUGCGUGGGCCUCCGAUCAGAAAGUCAAAGCCCUUAAGAUUGUUAUCCAGUGUUCUAAACUUCUUUCAGAUACCACCGUGAUUCAGUUUUAUCCCAGUAAAUUUGUCUUAAUAACAGACAUUCUUGAUACCUUUGGAAAAUUGGUGUAUGAAAGGAUCUUUUCUAUGUGUACUGAUCAUUGCACCCCAUUGCCAGAUAAGUUUACUCCUGAAAGUGUGAACGAUACCGCCAAAGAAACCUGCUUAAACUGGUUUUUCAAGAUUGCAUCCAUCCGAGAACUCAUCCCAAGAUUUUAUGUGGAGACAUCGAUACUGAAGUGCAACAAAUUUCUUUCCAAAACGGGAAUUUCAGAAGCUCUCCCCCGAUUGACUUCCAUGAUCCGAGGAAUUGGUGAUCCUUUGGUGGCUGUCUAUGCUAGAGCAUAUCUCUGCAGGGUUGGGAUGGAAGUAGCUCCUCAUCUGAAGGACAACCUCAACAAGAACUUUUUUGACUUCCUUCUAACCUUUAAGCAAGUUCACGGGGAUACAGUCCAGAACCAACUGGUGGCUCAGUGUGUGGAGAUCCCAUCGUAUCUAACACUUUAUUCUCCGGCAAUUGAUUGGAUUCUACAAUGCAUCGCUUACCGAGCUGCGGAGGCCUUGUUGACAGAGAUGAUGGAGAGAUGCAGGAAGUUAGGCAACAACGCCUUGCUCUUGAAUUCCGUAAUGUCUGCCUUCAGAGCUGAAUUUAUUGCUGCAAGAGCGAUGGAUUUUAUCGGCAUGAUCAAAGAGUGCGAUGAAUCGGGGUUCCCCAAGCAUCUUCUCUUCUGCUCCCUGGGACAAAACCUAGCCUUAGCUGACCCACCGGAAAUUGACCGUCUUCAAAUCUUAAAUGAAGCCUGGAAAGUUAUUACCAAGUUAAAGAGUCCACAGGAUUAUAUCAAUUGUGCAGAAAUCUGGAUGGAAUAUACUUGUAGGCAUUUUACGAAGCGUGAAGUCAAUACCAUUUUAGCUGAUGUCAUUAAACAUAUGACUCCAGAUCGGGCUUUUGAAGAGGCCUAUCCUCAGCUUCAGUCAAUCAUUCAGAAGGUCAUCACCUAUCUCCAUGACUUCUCCGUUCUCUUUUCAUUGGAGAAAUUCUUGCCAUUCCUGGAUAUGUUUCAGAAAGAGACCGUGAGAGUCGAGGUCUGUAAAUGCAUCAUGCAAGCUUUCAUUAAGCACCAGCAGGAAUCCACUAAGGAUCCUGUCAUUCUCAAUGCCCUGCUGCACGUGUGCAAAACGAUGCACGAUUCGGUAAACGCGUUGACCCUGGAAGAUGAAAAGCGGACGCUGGCAUCCUUGAUCAAUGGAUUUGUAAGAAUGGUAUCGUUUGGCCGGGAUUUUGAGCAGCAGCUGAAUUUUUACGUGGAAGCCAGAUCCAUGUUUUGCAACUUGGAACCUGUGUUGGUCCAGCUCAUCCAUAGCGUGAAUCAGCUGGCAAUGGAAACAAGAAAAGUAAUGAAAGGAAAUCAUUCCAGAAAAACUGCGGCAUUUGUCAGGGCUUGUGUUGCCUUCUGCUUCAUAACGAUCCCAUCGCUGACCGGCAUUUUUACCCGUCUCAAUUUGUACCUGCACUCUGGACAAGUUGCUUUGGCUAAUCAGUGCCUUUCACAAGCGGACGCCUUUUUCAGAGCCGCGAUCAGUCUGGUUCCUGAAGUACCCAAGAUGAUCAGCAUAGACGGGAAGCUGCGGCCUUCGGAAGCCUACCUCUUGGAAUUCCUCUGCAACUUCUUUUCAACUUUGUUAAUCGUUCCUGACCAUCCUGAACAAGGUGUGCUCUUCCUCGUACGAGGGCUGCUCAACGUUAUCCAGGAUUACACUUGGGAAGACAACAGUGAUGACAAAGUCAAAAUCUACACCAAUGUGGUGCAUCUUCUCUCGGCAAUGGGUCAGGAGACAUACCUCUAUCACAUAGACAAAGUUGAAUCUAACGAUACCUUGUAUGGCGGAGACCCUAAAUUUUUGGCAGAAACGAGCAGAUUGUGCGAAACGGUGAUAAGCCAAAUCUUGGAGCAUUUGAAGAACCUUGGAAAAGAUGAGACUCUGAAGCGUCAAAGUCACCUGGCCCUCUGCUUCUUCAAUAGCCUCUUGGCUCACGCCGAUCUGCGGAACAACAAACUCAACCAGUUGGCCGUCAACCUGUGGAACCUGGCUCAGAAACAUGGCUUUGCGGACACCAAAACCACAGUCAAAACCUUAGAAUACAUCAAGCUGCAGAGUAAACAGCCGGAAUUCAGUCACUUUACAGAGCUGACGCUACGGCUCCCUUUGCAGUCAAGAACUUAAAUGGAUGUCGAGCUGAGCAAUUGCAUUCCUGGAAAGGUAGUUCUCCAAGCCCUUCAAACUCCCAAGCUGACUCAUAGGGUGCGAUCAGAGUUCGAUAUCUUUUCCCUUUAAAAGGUCCCUUGGCGCACGAUAAGAUUUACUCGGUUGGAGAAGAAAAAGAUAAUUUUUUCCCGGGCGAUGCAGUCAUUUUUGUAUAAAAAAAAAACCCCCAAAACCCCAAGAUUUUGUUCCUCCUCCCCUACGCAGCUGUUCAUCAUUAAACGUUGACUUUCAUCUUAA